AUGAUCAAAGCUUAUGUUAAAACUUGUGGAAAAAACAAGCAAAAUGCAAAAAGUACGGGUUUUACUCAUAAAGAGCGCAUGGAUGAGGAGGAGUGCAUACCUGGGACUCCAGAAUGCAAUUCGCCAUUACCUCCAGAAUCACGCAACAUAAUGGAAGAGAUGAACGACAUUUAUGAGGCUGUCUUUUCAUAUGACGUACACGGAACAAGCAAAAUCAUAAAAUCAACGAAAGAAAAUAUGAACCCGAUCAUACCAUCAUCUACUUGUGUUCUUGAAGAAGAUCCUUUUAUGGCCGUUUAUGAAAAUGCAUCCUCACCAAUUUACUCGCGUCAGAAAAUCAGCAUGGUGUCGUGCUCCUCUUAA